GGCAGCGGCUGCUUCCCACUGGGGGUCUUUCGGAGAGCAUCGCACUCCCAUGUGCGCUGCCGUGCCCGCUGGAUGUUGAGAUCGCGCCGUGCGCCUUGCCAGGAGCCACCAUGUCCAACCCGCCCCAGGACCCGUUCUACUCGUCUCCGUUCGGACCCUUCUACCGGAGACACUCGCCCUACAUGGUCCAGCCCGAGUAUCGGAUCUACGAGAUGAACAAGCGGCUGCAGGCGCGCACAGAGGAAAGUGACAGUUUGUGGUGGGACGCCUUCGCCACAGAGUUCUUUGAGGAGGACGCGACGCUCACGCUCUCCUUCUGCCUGGAAGACGGACCAAAGAGAUACACGAUCGGCCGGACGCUGAUCCCACGAUACUUCAGCACGGUGUUCGAGGGAGGGGUCAGCGAGCUCCACUACAUCCUCAAACACUCCAAGGAGUCCUUCCACAACUCCUGCAUCACCCUGGACUGUGAUCAGUGCACCAUGGUCACCCAGCACGGGAAGCCAAUGUUUACAAAGGUUUGCACGGAGGGCCGGAUGAUACUGGAGUUUGCCUUUGACGAUCUGAUGAGGAUCAAGUCGUGGCACUUUACCAUCCGGCAGUACCGGGAGCUCAUCCCUCGCAGCAUCCUGGCCAUGCACGCACAAGACCCUCAGGUGCUGGAACAACUGUCCAAAAACAUCACUCGCAUGGGUUUGACCAACUUCACCCUCAACUACCUCAGGUUGUGUGUCAUCCUGGAGCCCAUGCAGGAGCUCAUGUCACGGCACAAGACCUACAACCUCAGCCCCCGGGACUGUCUCAAGACCUGCUUAUUCCAAAAAUGGCAGAGAAUGGUCGCCCCACCAGGUCGCGCCAAGGCUGAGCCGGCCCGACAGACGACCACGAAGAGGAGGAAACGGAAGAACUCGGCCAGCAGCGCCAACAGCAGCGUGGGCACCACCGCCAGCAAGAAGCGCAGCCCGGCCACCAACUUCAGCCUCUCCAGUCAGGUACCUGACGUGAUGGUGGUGGGCGAGCCGACCCUGAUGGGCGGGGAGUUCGGGGACGAGGAUGAGCGUCUGAUCACCCGUCUGGAGAACACGCAGUACGAUGCCACCAACGGCCUGGACGACGAGGACGACUUCAACGGCUCCCCGGCUCUCGGCAACAACGGCCCCUGGGGCAGCAAACCCCCCGCCUCCCAGGACAGCAAGCCCGAGAGCACGGCGCCGCAGCCCUCCCAGUAAAACCACAGAAGAAGAAAGCAACAGAUGGACUUUUUAAACCUCCUCCCCCUUUCCCCUUUGGGCAGUGCUUCUACACGCCUCACAACGUUUUACAGAAUCAAACCCCCAACCCUCCCCGCCCUGUCUGGGAACUCAAAAAUCUGUCCAUCCCGGAUAUUUUCUUCUUCUAUGAAUCACAGAAACAUCUGUGAGCGCACGGAGAACUGGCAGCGUUUCACAGCAGAGUCCACAGACAAUGAAAUGCAUACAGAGAAACUCAAAAAUAUCAAAAAAUACAUUUUGUUUCUCGAGAAUGCAGUGGAAAAUUCCAGAUCAAAUCCCCCCCCACCCUCCCGCUCCAAGCCUCUCGUCUAGUGGAAUACCCCGGCUGUGAUUGGUUGACCCGCAGGUCGCAAGUCAUCACGCCGUCAAUAGACAGUGAAAAGAAAAGAAGAGGAGUAAAGAACAACAAACAAAAUGUCUCAACAAUAAAAAAAAAAAAGAAGAAGACAUAGAGAGCUCAACGUGAAGAAGGUGUUUUUUAACCAGAGCCGAUGGAGGCGUCUCUCACCACGAGCCAAACACUGUCUGAGGCAAAUGAGCUUUUUAUCAUUGAGAAAUCCACGCGGCUGUUUGGUUUGUUUCGGCUGCUGCUGUUUAUUUCCAUUUCCAAUUAAGAGGAAAUAAAAAAAAGUUCUCACGUCCCGGGAUUGUUUCGUCUCCACUCUGCUGCGGUCGUCACAGAUUGUGAUUUCAUGCAAACCAGUUUGAUUGUGUUCGUAGUCUAUUGGUAUUUUUUGCUUCUCUCAGAAUCCUUUGCAAUCACGUUGUAAUUUUUGCCGAUCAGUAUGUGAACUUUGCCGACACGCGUUGAUGCAUUAAUGUUGAUUUUUUUUAUUUUUGUCUCUCUCUCUCUCUCUCUCUCUCUCUCCCCCCCCCCCCCCCCCCCUCCUCCAAAAUUGGACUUGGUUCCCUUUAACGACCAACUCCCAAACUGAUACUAAAGCCUUUUUCCUGCAUGAUUUUAUAGUAUUUUUAUUUUGUUUAUAUAUAUAUGUACUUUCAAAAGAAUGCAUCAGUCUGAUUUUCCUUUUUUUGGGUUCAUCAGUUUGGGAACACUGUUACAAUGGUUUGUAGCUCUGUAAAUAGAAGUGGAGUCUCUCUCGUCCACUGUAAAUCAGCCCCCUGAAACCAGUUUGGAUAUGGCAGCUGUUUUUGUUUUUGUACAGGAGGAUUCAGAUUUCUGUUGGGUGGUUUGGAUGGACGCUGGUUUGCCUCUGUCCAAAAAAAAGAAGGAAAACUCUUAAAUGUCCCCCCCCUCCCCCUCCCCCCCUGUUCCUCUUUAGCUAGUGCAGAACCAAAGCCACAAAUUUACUAAACGACCACACAGUCACACAUUCAUGUUUUCUUGUUUAUUCUGUGACAUAAGUGAAGAAUUUUACAUUUUAAAAACAGCGCCCAGGUCAAGUCCCAUCCACCCCACAGAACUGCCCCCCCCCCGUGUUUUGUGUCCACGAUUUGUUCUUUAAUCUUUGAAUUGAAUUGAUACUAUAUCCCUGAUCUCUUUUGUUGGACUUUUCUUUGAAAAAUGGGCAAGAAGGGCAACAGCGGACGUCUUUAUACAAUUGGAUCUUAUGGGUAUUUAUUUGUGCAUUUGUAAGGAAGCUAACACAUUUCUAAAUAUGUUUGAGCCUAGUAUUAUUAGACACCAUUUGUACAUUAUAUAGCAGAGGUGUUCAGUGUCAUAUCUGAUGUCUGGUAUGUAUGCUUUACCAUUAUGUGUGCCAAUAAACCGUGCUUACAAAAGGA